AUGGCUGCUAUCUACAGUGAUCAUCGCCCUUGUAACUCACGGGAGCAGCCGCCCCUCAUUUCUUUUCUCUUUCCUCUUUUACUCCGUCCACUACGUCUUCGUCGUUGUCUUCUUCUUCUUCUUCUUCUUCUUGUUACAAUGUUUCCCUUCCUUCUUUCCUUCCUUCCUCCCUUCCAUCCAUCCUUCCUUCCUUCUCUCCGACUUUAUUUCUUCGUUUGUCCAUUCUUUCUUUCGUUUAUUUAUUCCUCCCUUCCUUCCCGAUUUUAUUUCUUCGUCCGUUCUUUCUUUCUUUCUUUCUUUCUUUCUUUCUUUCUUUCUUUCUUUCUUUCUUUCUUUCGUUCGUUCGUUCGUUCGUUCGCUUCUUUCUUUUAUCUGUUCCUUUGUAUCUUUCUUUCUUUUUUCUUUCUUUCUUUCUUUAUUUAUUUAUUUACUUCGUUCAUUCCUUCGUUCCUUUUUUUUUUCUUUCUUUCUUUCGUUCGUUUGCUUCUUUCAUUCUUUUAUUUGUUCCUUCGUAUCUUUCUUUCUUUUUUCUUUCUUUCUUUCUUUCUUUCUUUCUUUCUUUCUUUCUUUUUUAACCCCCAUAUAUUUCUUACCUCGUCCCUUUCCUCACUCAAUCUAUCUAAUUCUCCCCCGUUCUUUUUAUUUUUUCACUCACUCCGUCUACGUCCACAUUCUUCUUCUUCAUUUUUUUUUCUUUUAUUAAACUUCUCUCUUCUUCGUCGUUUUAUUCUUCAUUCAGUUCUUUCCUUAUUUUCUUCUUUCCUCUCUCAGUUCUUUCCUCAUUCAAGUAUUCCUUUCGUUUCUUCUUCCUUUCUUUCCCUCAUUCACUUCUUUUAUUUCCUUCUUUCCUCCUUCAUGUCCCAUUUUACUCCAGAUAAAUCCCCUUUUUCUUCUUUUUCAUUUUUGUUUUUUAUUUUAUUUACUCUUUUUCAUUGUAUUUUAUGUUUAUCAUCUUCCUUCUCUUUCAUUUAUUUUCCUUCCUUCCUUCCUACCUUCUUCUUUCCUUCCUUCCUUCUUUCCUUCCUUCAUUCAUUCAUUCGCUUUAUAUUUCAUCGUUUUGUAUCGAAUAUUUUACUUUAUUCUUUUCUUUCUUUAGCGCCUCAUGAAUGA